UACACACACAAUCGUUGAUCAGAUUGAUUUUGCUUGUUUUGUUUGAUUAAUUUUUUCUACGAAAAAAAAAAAAUUAAAAAUGUUUUUGAAAUUUGGCAUUAUUUUUGCCAUUACCAUUUCAAUGGUAUCGGCUCGUCCGGAACCAGAAAAUCUUGAUUUUCUUUCCGAUGAAUAUAUUGAUUAUUUGAAUAGUUUGAAAACAACAUGGAAGGCUGGCCGAAAUUUUGAUCGUAAUACACCAAUCGAAAAAAUUCGUGGCCAAAUGGGUGCUAUUAUUGAUGUUCCAGAAGAAAUUGCUUCCAGAAUUCCUGUUGUAAAAAAUGAUCACAUUAGUAAUGAACAUAUUCCUGAAGUUUUUGAUGCACGUAAUAAAUGGCCAAAUUGUAAAUCAAUUCAACAGAUUCGUGAUCAAGGAUCAUGUGGUUCAUGUUGGGCAUUCGGUGCUGUUGAAGCCAUAUCCGAUCGUAUCUGUAUUGCAUCUGGACAAAAAAAACAAGUCGAAAUUUCUGGUGAAGAUUUAUUAAGCUGUUGUCAUAAUUGUGGUUAUGGUUGUAGUGGUGGUUAUCCAGCAAUGGCAUGGGAAUAUUGGGUACAAAAUGGUAUUGUUACUGGUGGUUUAUAUCAAGAUAAAAAUACCUGUCGACCAUAUUCAAUUGAACCAUGUGAACAUCAUGUUGAACAUGGUAAUCGUCCUAAAUGUGGUAGUACUGUACAAACACCAAGAUGUGUUCAACAAUGUCAAACUGGUUAUAAUCAAUCAUAUGAACAGGAUAGAUAUUUUGGUCAAUCAGCAUAUCAUGUUCAUUCUAAUGUACAAGAUAUACAAAAAGAAAUUUUAACUAAUGGACCAGUUGAAGCUACAUUUUUAGUUUAUGCUGAUUUUCUUUCAUAUAAAAGUGGUGUUUAUCAACGAACAAGUAAUUCAAUGGUUAGUGGUCAUGCAAUCAAAAUUCUUGGUUGGGGUGUUGAAAAUGGUACACCAUAUUGGUUAUGUGCUAAUUCAUGGAAUACUGAUUGGGGUGAAAAUGGUUUUUUCCGUGUACUUCGUGGACAAAAUGAAGUUAGCAUUGAAUCACAAAUCUAUGCUGGUUUACCAAAAGAUUCAUAUUUUGAUUCAACAAUUAUCGAUACAAUUAUGAUAAAAUAUAAUUUUUUAAUACUUUUAUUAUUAGCGAUUAAAUUCAUAUCGACAAUCGAUAUAAUCGAUAAUGUUUUACAUAUUGAUUAUACAUCGGAUAAAUUUAUUGAUCAUUUAAAUCAUUUGAAUUCAACAUGGAAGGCUGGACGUAAUUUUGAUCAGGAAAUAAUGGCUAAAAAAUUCAAAAAUCUUAAAGUUGUUGAUGAAGAAAAUGUUGAUGAAGAAAAUCAACAACCAAAAUUACAUAAUAAACGACAGAUUUUAAUACCAGAUGAUUAUAUACCAGAUUAUUUUGAUGCAAGACAAAAAUGGCCACUUUGUCGUACAAUAUCAUUAAUACCAAAUCAAGGACAAUAUUGUAGUUCAUGUUGGGCUGUUGGUGUUGUACAAGCAAUUAAUGAUCGUAUUUGUAUUGGUUCAAAUCAACGUAUUAAUGUUGAAAUAUCUGCACAAGAUUUACUUACUUGUUGUAAAGAAUGUACAAAAAAUGGUGAAGGUUGUCAAGGUGGUUAUCCAAGUCGUGGUUGGAAAUAUUGGAUAACAAAUGGUUUAGUUACUGGUGGACAGCAUGGUGAUUUAACAACAUGUCAACCAUUUAAUAUUCCACCAAUGAAUUUAGCAACAUUUACACCAUAUCUACAAUUAUCACAUAUUAUUCAAACACCCGUUUGUCAACAACAAUGUGUUAAUGGAAAAAAUUAUGCACAAGAUAAAUAUUAUGGUCUACAUUAUUAUAAAGUACCGAAUGAUGAACGUUCAAUCCGUCGGGAAAUAUUUCAUCAUGGACCUGUUGAAGCAAAUUAUCGUGUUUAUCCGGAUUUUCAUCAUUAUAAAACCGGUAUAUAUCAACAUUUAUUAGGAACACAAUCCGAAGGACAUAGUAUAAAAAUAAUUGGCUGGGGUACGGAAAAUGGUAUACCAUAUUGGUUAUGUGCUAAUUCAUGGACAAAAUUAUGGGGUAAUUUAGGUGGAUUUUUUAAAAUCAUACGUGGUCAAAAUCAUUGUGGUAUUGAAAAUCAAGUAUAUGGUGGUUGGCCAAGAUUAUAAAACUAUUAUUAUUAUUAUUUUUAUUUUAAAAUUUUUAA